AUGGGGUUUGUAGAUACUGAUAAGUCAUUAGAUGAGCGUCUGACUCAAUGUGCCAUGGUCAGGUUUCCUUCUUCUCUCCGUAGGCUUUUUGCCACUAUUGUGGUUUUCUGCGAGUGCACCAAUGUCCGCCAUCUAUGGGACAAGCAUUAUGAAUCAUUGGCUGAGGAUUUCCGGCGUACUAAUGACAACAACACUGUGGUUGAGCAGAUGGUGCUCCGUGAUAUUUCUCAUCAUCUGACGUCCAUGGGAAAAGACAUCAGGCACUAUGGUCCUCCAGAACUACAUGAGUCAGACAAUCAGCACUCUAGAGAUCAUUAUAGAGAGCUUACAGAGGAGCAGAAUCUCGAUUAUGAAGAGGAACACUUGAAGAUAAUAGAUACGCUUAAUGCAGAACAAAGGGUAGGUUUUGAGGAGAUACUUGAACAUGUUAUGAAGGGCAAGGGACAUAUUUUCUUUUUGGAUGGUCCCAGCGGCACCGGUAAGACCUAUCUAUAUAAAGCAUUGCUUGCAAAGGUGCGCUCUGUGGAUCUUAUCGUCGUUGCUACAACAACAUCUGGUAUUGCAUCAUCCAUUAUGCCUGGUGGACGCACUGGCCACUCUCGGUUCAAGAUUCCAAUCAAGUUAGGUGAUAACACUAUGUGUAGUUGUACAAAGCAGGGUGGGACAACCAAAUUACUUAGGAGAACAUCUUUGAUAAUUUGGGAUGAGGUAGUAAUGACUAAGAGAUAG